CUGAUUCACACACCUGUUAAUUGACUCGGCAGGAAAAGAGAGUUUUAGACACUUCUGAGCAAAUAACCGAGUUUAGAGGAGGAAAGGACAGUAGGACACGUGCUGUUUAACAGCGUUAGUUUUCCUGGGUUAUCACAGUAUCUGUCUGGCUGUCUGGCAUUUUGUCUAAUUAACUACGAAUUUAACUACUUAACCAACCGAAGCUAACAGAAACAGAACAGCUAAACCUGCCUGCUUCAGUCUGGAGUUUAUAUAUCAUGUUCUCAGGAUGUGGACUUACAGACAGCCAGCAUUUGCCCUGCAACUACUUCAUGAGCUGCAGAAACAGCAGCAAGGUGGUUUACACUGUGACACGCUGCUGCAGACAGAAGGUGUUUCUGUUCCUGCACAUAGCUGUGUGUUGUCUGCACUCAGCCCUGUGUUUUCUAGAGCCCUCACCAAGUCCCCUCCACUUGCUGUAGGGCAUAGUAGAGUGCUCAGUGUCCAGGCUGUGGGGACCCGUUCCCUGCUGAAGCUGGUGGGGUUCGUGUACUCUGGAGAGAUGGAAGGGGAGGGAAUUGUUGAGCUAGAGGAGGUGACUGAUACAGCUCGCAGGCUUGGCUUCAGUUCCUUGAUAGAUGGGUUGAAGGAGCUGAUGAAGGGGCAGAAGGACAAAGCGAUGAGGAAGCGGGAGAUUGGAAUGCAAACAGAAAAUGCAGAAGAGAGAAAAAGAGAUGCAAGUGUACAGAUCCAGUCAGAUAGACGGUGCUUAAUCCAUUCAGAGAGUCAAACAGACAGUCCUGAAGCUCACUUUACAGAUAUAUGCACUGCACCAAGCUCUGUAGGCCUGUCUGGUGAAUUGAGUUUUGUGCCUAGUGAUGAGAACGCCAGUACUUCAGCUCCUGGAGUAAACUGCAUGAAGGACGCUACCGCUUCCUCCAGUCUCAGUGAAGCAGCAGUUCUCCUCAACUCCAAGUGCUGCCAACCAAUACAAAGAGAGAAUAAAACAGGAAAUGUUUCUGAGAAAACAGAUCAAUUGAAGACAGUCCAUCACAGAUCAAAGCUAAAUGUCAAAGGCGUCCAGCCGGAACUGAACUCCAGCGUGUUGAAGAGCAUUAAAAAAGCUGGCGGGAAAGAUUUUCGUAAACUAGUUCAAAAACUUCAUACUACUACAUUCAAACAGCAGGUUGAUGCACACAUCUCACUGAAGAUUAAACUGAAGAGGAGAAGAGGGACACUGUGGGAGAUCAUUAGUGUCCAAGAAGAGAGCGCGGCCGAUGGUUCCUCUGCCUCAGUGACGUGUCCGGCCAGCCCAAGAAAGACACGCAGUUACACUAAGAAUGGUGCCACCUGCUCACAGCCCCAGAUGAAUGGUCCUGGGGUACCCCAAAGCCCUUCUCCCCCAAAUCCUCCCCUGCCUCUUGGCACUGUAACGCUUACCCCACCCUCAGACUUGACUUUAUCUCCUCCGCAUACCCCUGUUAGAAAUCCUCCCUCUUCUCCUUUACAAAUAGCACCCCUAUCGCCAGGUGUGCCUCCAGCCGAAGAGUCGGAUGAGCAUAUUGCGAGGUUGAUGGAGGAUAUGGUUAUGAUGGGUCUGAACAUUUUGCCCUCUGGGCCAAUGGACAGGAAAAGCGACAUGCACCACCUGAGUGACAAAUGUGCACCAUCUAAACUACAUUUGGAUCUGAAAGUAGGGCAGGGUGAGUCUCUUGGUACUGAUGCUGUACCCUGCCUGUGUGUGGAUGGAGGAGAUUUAGGAGCUGAUGGACCUGAUGUUGUCAAGAUCCCACCUUCCUUAGGUUGCUCUGCACAAGGAGAAGCAGGGUCUGAGUGUCCUGGUUCUAAGAACCAAUUCAGAUGUGAAACAGUGGAUCUUAGGAACGUGACCUCAGAGGCAAGUCAUCCAACAUCAUUUGCUGUUACUAAAGAUGCUGACGCAUCAUUGAUGUCCAGCCUUCCCUUUAGUACUGGAGGUCUUGAGCUACCACAAGAAAAUGUAGUGGAGUUAAAGAAUGCGUUGGAUCAUCUUCUUUGGACUGCAAAUGAUUGUGUGCAUUCAGCGAAACAAACCAGGACCAAUGAAACCACUGAAGAAGAGAACAUGCAGUCUUCAGGAACAGACACAAGAAGUGCAACACACAGUGAUUUAGCCAGACUUAAUGCAGUUGUACAAACCACUAGUGGCUCAAUAAAUUCAGCUGCAGUAAAACAACAAUCUGAAGGUGCAUCUCUGAGGGAUUCUAAAAGACUUACUAAGGACUCAUCUAAUGUUAUACACCAAGAAUUGGUCAAGCAAAUAUCAGGCUCUAUUCAUGGUUCCAGUUCCAUUGCUGACAAUAAUGGGAUAGAUUUAAGUGAGAUGAGACUGCCAAGAUGUCUUUCACCUCUUGCAUCAGAAGACGUAGUCACUGAUGGUGAUCGCCAGAAACAUACAAAACUGGCCUGUACUGUCCUCUUGAGACCAGUUUCAAUGCACCUGAUUUCUUCUCCCCAGACAGAAACACUCCCUGACAAAACUGGCCAUCAGAACCCAUUGACUCCUCCAUGUAUAAAACCAAAAACUGCAUCAGUGUCUGGUCGAAGUACACGCAGUUUGAGGUCAUGUCAAGGUUGCAUCAAAGAUACCAAUGAUAGACGACUGGAACAGGUAAUUACACCAAGCCUCAAUAAGAGCAGAUCUACCAAAAGGUCCAGCAUUGAUGUUUCUCUUGAUGAGCCAAAUAAGAAAAAACGUAUGAUGCUGGAUUGUAACUCAAGUGGAGAUAACACUAAAUCAGUUAAGGUUGUGACAGAAUGCAGUACAAGUAGAGAAUCUGUUGUUGGCAUCAAAUCUACAAAAUGCAGUGAUUACUCUUGUACUGAGAAGACAUAUUGGCUCAGACCUGGUAAGACAGUCAGAAGAGAUCAGACCGAUCAACAGUCCAAGAAGAAGGUAACAAACUUGCAGACAAACCAGUCUUGCAAAAGUAAAGAUCAAGUAGAAUGCACCGAAGCUGUGGGUAAAAAAGAUUCUGUUAUGGUAAAACGUGGACAUAGAAGACAUCCUAAAAAAGAAAAAGACCCUGUAGAGUUGCAAGACAACACAUCUGUGCACCAAGAUUCGCAAACAACAGGAAGCCAGGUAAACCAAAAGCAUAAAGAAAAAGAGGCACCAAAAGCAAAAAUACUUUCAAAAGCUAUUUCUGAUGUGAAUUUGAAGAAGAAAGAACAAAAAAAAUCCACCAGGCAUGCUAGUCACACUAAAAGAAAAGGUAUUGUUGAUCAGGUUUUCCACCAGACUAUUUUUACUGUUGGAAGCACUAUUGCCGGGAGUUUACCUUCCAUUGAUCAGAAGCUACAGUCAAGGUCCAUGAAUGCGGAGAUUGCUCAGAUAGCUGAAAGGAAAAGAGGCAUUGGCCCACCACUGCCUCACAUCGUUAAAAAGUUUAGAACACUUAUAGACCAGGAUCACAUUAGAGGAAGAAAGUUGGUGAUCAGUGAAAAAGAAGUGAAUGAUUCAACUGAAAAAGGCAAGAUAGAGAAGAUGAUCAAUAAAGGAAAGAUGGAUAUGGACCAAAGUGAAAACGACAAGAAUGUGGAGUCUGAAAACAACAGUGAGCAGUUGACAACAACCAAAAAGGGAAAGGGAUGCUUGGUUGAUGAAAACUUCGGAAAGGAAAUGGAUAAAAACCUAAUUGAUACAGUGUCUGAAUCUAUAAACUCCCUUAAUGGUUCUUGUUCUGUCGAUCUCAGGACUGUUGAUGUGAAUUGUAAUCUCGAUUCUGAUUUGCCUACUGUUCUGUUAGCAGGGAAUUUUGAUAUUAACUCCAGCAAAACAGAUGACCUUCACAGUGAAACAGCUAAAAAAUGUCUAGAAGACACUGAGAGGACCUCAGACCAGACUGAUGAUAUCCCUUUAAAAAAAGAUGCCCAGAAUCACCAAGACUUCAACCAGGAUUGCAAAAAGCAGCAAGUAGAAUCAAACGAAGAAAUGGGAGCCCUUGUAAAGGAAAUCCGUAUACAGAAUGAAGAACAUGAAGUUGAGGGAAGUGAUGUUGACAUAGAGGUGAUGGAAGUGAGUGCUCUGGUUGCAGCAGCAGGUCAUGGAGAUGAGGCAGCUACUUCUGCCUGCUACGGUGGCAAGACUGAGAUUGAGCUGGAGAAAAGUCAAUCUAGUGUCGGGAAGAGUAAUGGAGAGUCUGUUUCUCAUGAGGCGGCACUAAGGGGGCCACUGCUCAUAAGGACUGAAGUUCUGCAUAUCUCAUCAGAUGAAGAUUACAGUACUUUAAUGCAUACAGGAUUACCAGCAAUCACAGCCAACAAAGAAGAGAAGUCUUAUCUCAGCAUGGAUUCCUCAACACUUGCAGUUAAACAUGGAUGCAACAUUGAGACAGAGGGCCAGAAGUGUGGGGAUGAUGAUGAUGAUGAUGAGGAGGAGGAGGAGGUAGUUGUGGAUGACCUCUCAAGCUCUCCUCCUGUUAUUUUGGCAAAUUCUUUAACAAAUCAAGAAAGCAUGACUGUUCUGACAGAUGAGGAACUGAAGUCAGAGGAAGAGGAAGAUGUUGAUGUGACUGGAUAGGACACAAACUGAACUCAUCCUGAUGUUUGCGAGAAGGAAUCAUCUUGAGUUUUCAGCAAAAGUGAGUCUAAAUUGAAUCUAUAAUGUUAAAGGCUUCACCAGUUAAUCAGUGUUUGAUUAAUAUCCAAUGGUUCGUAUUUUUUUCGUUGUUGUUGCGGUAUUGUUCAGUUAUUUUAUUGUUUGUGAUUCUGUAAAUAUGUAAAUAUGUAUAAAUAUGAAGGUAAAAGCUGGCAAUGUUGGUUUGAUUAGUGAUGUUCAGAGAUUUCCCUGCUGAAAAAAACAGCAUUACCAUAACAAGCUUGUUCAUCUGGUUAAGCUGGUUAAUUCUGACCAGUUUUGUUGGUUUCAAUGGAUUAGCUGGUCUACAAACCAGAUCAUUCUGACCAACUGGUCUACUACCAUAAUUAAAAGAACUAUGCUGCUUGCCAUCAGUAGCCAGAGUCUGAGAGAGCACAAUUAGCCAUGGAAAUUGGGCAGAAAAGGGGGUAAGAAUGGAAAAAUAAAUAAAUAAAUAAAAGUAAAUAAUGUUGAAAGCCAUAUCUAACAUCCACUAUGCUGGUCAAAAGCUGGUUCAACUUUUUUUUUCUUCUAAUUCUAAACUCUUAAGGACUACCACUGUCCCUAGUAAUGCUCCCAUCGCUCUGUGGACAUACAGCAACCCAGCUCUGAUAGAUACAUCAGCUAACAGACACCUGUGCUGCUGACCGACAUCAUCAUGGUAGUGAUAAAGGGGGGAGAGCAUAGCCAGUUGUGCUCUCUUUGACUCCGGCUGCUGAUGGCAAGCAGGAUGACUGCAGAUUUGCAAAUUGAGCAUCUUAAAGACCAGCUGAUAAAUCUCAAAUUUAUCAGAACCUGAUUGAGCUGGAUUUUUCAACAGGGAUGUGUAUUUUACUGGGCCACAAAAUACUGUGAUUUCUCUUUUUAUUUUUAUAGUUUAUUAAUUUAAUUUUAUUUAUAUUUUUUUGGUUGUUUGUUUCUUUCAAAAAGGCUAUAUAAUGUUUGGGAAAGAUUAAAAAAUGUUACGGAAUUGCCCAUUUGAAUCCCAGAGUAUUUUUGCUAUCAGCAGCCAGAGUCAGAAAGAGCACAUGCAUGUUUGCACAGUUGUUUAACCUCUUAACAGGCCAGGAUUUUUUUUUAUCAAUUGUCUUCCUUACAUUACGCCACUAAAUCCUGAGUGUUUCUAUUUAAACAUUACAUAAAAAGCUUUCAUGUUUCAUAAGGAACAUUAGAGUGAAAACAGGCAGAUUCUCCAAGUGUCCUGUGCAAUUUUUCAGAAUGUAAAUAAGUUAUUUUUCUACAAAAAAAUGUUUUUUU